GACAGAUUCCUUUGGCGAGUUGUUCAUCGCUCACAGUUAUGGCGGUGUCAGGGAGUCGCAAGGAUGGAGUACAAUCCACAUCUUGAUAUCUGCUUUUCUCGUUGACUCAGGAACGUGUUACCACUUUUCCUUGAUUGUUACAUACUACUCCGUAUUAUUCGUGCAACGAUGGCGGGCCGAGGCGUGGAUAUGUCAGCACUACCAAAAGAGGUCAGGGACCAAUUGGCGGAGUUGGAUUUGGAGCUGUCUGAAGGUGAUAUCACUCAGAAGGGAUAUGAGAAGAAAAAGACUAAACUUCUGCUUCCCUUCUUCAUGCAAACAGUAGAACCUCCCCCCCCUGCCUAUGACGCGCAUGCUCCUGGUCCUAGCAACGCCUCUGGCUCCACCCAUGUCAGCGCUCACACACAGGCUCCUCCCCCCAGCUCCUCUUCUCGCUACCAUGAUCGGCGCUCCCGACGACCGCACCGCAGCGGAGGGACCAGGGAUGACCGCUACCGAUCAGAUAUCCACACAGAGACGGUGCAGGCUGCAUUGGCCAAACACAAAGAGGAGAAGAUGGCACUGCCCAUGCCCACCAAACGCCGCUCCACCUACGUCCAGUCGCCCGUCAUCAACUGUACCCCACCAGGUAGCGUAGGACUGACCCCUUCAAAUCAGCCUGACUGCUUCUAUUUCCUCAGGAACAGCCUACACUCGUCGUCAGGUUCAGAGAAUGAGGGUGCUCUGCUGAGGCAGUCGUCAGUGGGAGCCGAUUUGGAGGCUCUGGACACUCCCUCUCUGCUGCAGCCCCCCAGUCUGCAGAGCCCUGACUCCUGGAUCAACCACUCUGUCCAAGGCUCGUCCACCUCCUCCUCUGCCUCCUCCACCUUGUCCCAUGGAGAGGGCAAGCCCCAGCCUCAACCAUCCCAGCCCCAAGCCCAGCCCCAGUAUCAGCCCCAGUAUCAGCCCCAGUAUCAGCCCCAAUAUCAGCCCCAAUAUCAGCCCCAGUACCAGCCACAACUACAGCCACAGCAUCCAGUCAUAGCUGACAUGCUGGCUCACGCACGCAUCGGCCCUUCAGAGAACAGUGCCCCCCCAGAUGUGACAACAGCGGCCCUCCAGGCCAGGGACUUCUCUCAGGUGGACCGGCCCAACAACCCUCCCGUGGUCCGGGGGAUGAGCCGCGGACAGAGUCGCUCCGGCAUGAUGGAGACAGCCGACGGUGUCCCGGUUAACAGCAGGGUGUCCACUAAGAUUCAGCAGCUGCUCAACACCUUGAAGAGGCCCAAGAGGCCCCCCCUCAGUGAGUUCUUCAUGGACGACCAGGAGGAAAUUGUAGAGGUGCCUCAGCCGGACCCCAACACCCCGCGGCCAGAGGGACAUCAGAUCAUCCCAGUGAAGGGGGAGCCCCUGGGGGUGGUCAGUAACUGGCCCCCUGCCCUCCAGGCUGCCCUGGUUCGCUGGGGGGCCACACAGGGCAAGAGCCCCGCCCUCACCGCCUUGGACAUCACUGGCAAACCCCUGUACACACUGACAUACGGAAAGCUGUGGAGCCGCAGUGUGAAGCUGGCCUACACCCUCCUCAAUAAACUGGGGACCAAGAACGAGCAGGUCCUCAAGCCUGGGGACAGGGUGGCUCUAGUGUACCCUAACAGUGACCCUGGGAUGUUUUUGGUGGCCUUCUAUGGCUGCCUGCUGGCUGAGGUCAUCCCUGUCCCUAUAGAGGUACCUCUGUCUCGCAAGGAUGCAGGCAGUAGUCAGGUGGGCUUCCUGCUGGGCAGCUGUAGUGUGAGUUUGGCCCUGACCAGUGAGAUCUGUCUGAAGGGACUUCCCAAGAUGCCCACCGGAGAGAUUCUACAGUUUAAAGGCUGGCCUCGGCUAAAGUGGGUGGUGACAGAUUCCAAGUUCCUCACCAAACCUGGCAAGGACUGGCAGCCCCACAUCCCUACAGCGAACACUGACCCUGCAUACAUUGAGUACAAGGCAAGUAAGGAGGGCACAGUGAUGGGUGUGGCUGUGUCUAAGGUGGCCAUGUUGACCCAUUGCCAAGCACUGACCCAGGCCUGCAACUACUGUGAGGGUGAGACAUUAGUGAACGUUCUGGACUUUAAAAAGGACAUGGGCCUGUGGCAUGGAGUUCUCACGAGUGUAAUGAACAGGAUCCACACCAUCAGUGUGCCCUACGCUGUGAUGAAGGCUUGCCCUCUCUCCUGGGUUCAGAGGGUCCACAUACACAAAGCGCGCGUUGCCUUGGUGAAGUGUCGUGACCUGCACUGGGCCAUGAUGGCACACAGGGAACAGAGAGACACCAGUCUGGCAUCACUGCACAUGCUCAUCGUUGCUGAUGGAGCCAACCCCUGGUCGGUGUCAUCCUGUGAUGCCUUCCUCAACGUGUUCCAGAUCCACGGGUUGAAGCCAGAGGUCAUUUGUCCCUGUGCCACCUCCCCUGAGGCCAUGACGGUGGCCAUUCGCAGGCCGGGGGUUCCGGGGAUGCCCCUCCCAGCCAGGGCCAUCCUCUCCAUGGGGGGUCUAAGUCACGGGGUCAUCAGGGUCAACGCGGAGGACAAAAACUCUGCCCUCACCGUGCAGGAUGUGGGUCACGUGAUGCCUGGAGCUCUGAUGUGUAUAGUGAAGCCUGAAGGGCCUCCUCAGCUGUGUAAGACAGAUGAGAUAGGGGAGAUUGUGGUGAACUCUCGUGCCGGAGGCAACAUGUACUAUGGCCUACCAGGAGUCACCAAGAACACCUUUGAGGUGAUUCCUGUCAAUACUCUUGGUGCUCCUAUUGGAGAGAUCCCCUUUGUGAGAUCUGGACUCCUAGGCUUCGUAGGACCUGGCAGUCUGAUAUUUGUGGUGGGGAAGAACGAAGGCCUGCUGAUGGUGAGUGGGAGGAGACACAACGCUGAUGACUUGGUGGCCACAGCACUCGCCGUGGAGCCUGUCAAGACUGUGUAUCGCGGAAGGAUUGCGGUGUUCUCUGUGACGGUGUUCUAUGAUGAGAGGAUAGUUAUUGUGGCAGAGCAGAGGCCAGAUGCCAGUGAGGAGGACAGCUUCCAGUGGAUGAGCAGAGUACUGCAGGCCAUUGACAGUAUCCACCAGGUGGGUCUGUACUGCCUAGCCCUGGUGCCUGCCAACACGUUACCCAAGACCCACCUGGGAGGGAUCCACAUCUUUGAGACCAAGCAGAACUUCCUGGACGGCAACCUGCACCCCUGUAACAUCCUCAUGUGCCCCCAUACCUGUGUCACCAACCUCCCCAAACCACGGCAGAAACAGCCAGUGGGUGUGGGUCCAGCCUCCAUCAUGGUGGGGAACCUGGUAGCAGGGAAGAGGAUAGCCCAGGCAGCAGGCAGGGAUCUGGGAAUGAUCGAGGACCAGGACUUGGUCAGGAAGCUCCGUAUGUGGCCUACUAUCAUGCACCAGUUCCUAUCCGAGGCUCUACAGUGGAGAGCACAGACUGAUCCAGACCACUGUCUCUAUGUGCUGCUCAAUGCAAAGGGGCUAGUUGUAUCCACAGCAACGUGUGUGCAGCUGCACAAGCGGGCGGAGAAGAUUGCAGCGGCUCUCACAGAGAAAGGCAGCGUCAACACCGGGAACAACGUGGUGCUGCUCUACCCUCCUGGUAUUGAUCUGAUAGCCUCUUUCUAUGGCUGCCUCUAUGCUGGCUGUGUUCCUGUCACUGUCAGACCUCCUCACCCACAGAACCUGGCAGCCACACUGCCCACUGUCCGCAUGAUCAUCGACGUCAGUAAAGCUGCCUGUAUCCUCACCACUCAGAACCUCAUGAGGAUCCUGCGCUCCAAAGAGGCUGCUGCCACUGUGAACAUUAAAACAUGGCCGACAAUCAUAGACACAGACGACCUCCCUCGCCGUAGACCGCCAAUGAUCUAUAAGCCCCCCACAGCAGAGAUGAUCGCCUAUCUGGACUUCAGUGUGUCCACCACGGGCAUGCUCACCGGGGUCAAGAUCUCCCAUGCGGCAGUCAGUGCUCUGUGUCGCUCCAUCAAGCUGCAGUGUGAACUCUACUCCUCACGCCAAAUAGCCAUCUGCCUAGACCCUUACUGUGGCCUGGGCUUUGUACUGUGGUGCCUCGCAAGUGUGUACUCAGGGCACCAGUCCAUCCUAAUCCCUCCUCUGGAGUUGGAGAGCUGUCUGCCCCUGUGGCUGAGCACCCUGAGCCAGUACCGCAUCAGAGACACCUUCUGCUCCUACUCUGUCAUGGAGCUAUGCACCAAGGGGAUAGGCACGCAGACAGAGAUACUCAAAGCGCGGGGGCUGAACCUGUCAUGUGUGAGGAGCUGUGUGGUGAUAGCAGAGGAGCGUCCUCGUCUGGCCCUCACCAUGUCCUUCUCCAAGUUGUUUAAAGACCUGGGCCUCUCACCCCGCGCUGUCAGCACAGCCUUCGGAUCCAGGGUCAACCUUGCCAUUUGCAUGCAGGGCACCACUGGACCGGACCCCUCCACUGUGUAUGUGGACAUGAAGUCCCUCCGCCAUGACAGAGUGAGGCUGGUGGAGAGAGGAGCCCCUCAGAGUCUCCCUCUGAUGGAGUCUGGCAAAAUCUUACCAGGAGUCAGGGUGAUCAUCGUGAACCCAGAGACCAGGGGACCUCUAGGAGAUUCCCAUCUAGGAGAGAUCUGGAUCAACAGCCCUCACAGUGCCAGUGGCUACUAUGCCAUCUAUGGAGAGGAGAGCCUGCAGGCCGACCACUUCAACACCAAGCUGAGCUUCGGAGAUCCCACGACCCUGUGGGCCAGGACUGGCUACCUGGGCUUCGUCAAGAGGACUGAGCUACUGGAUGCCGCUGGGGAUCGUCAUGACGCCCUGUUUGUGGUGGGUUCCCUGGAUGAGACUCUGGAGCUGAGGGGGCUGCGCUACCACCCUAUCGACAUCGAGACAUCUGUGUCCCGGGCUCACCGCAGCAUUGCAGAGAGUGCGGUAUUCACAUGGACCAACCUACUGGUGGUGGUGGCUGAACUGAGUGGCUCAGAGCAGGAUGCCCUGGACCUGGUGCCCCUGGUCACCAAUGUGGUGCUGGAGGAGCACCACCUCAUCGUGGGCGUGGUGGUCAUCGUGGACCCGGGGGUCAUACCCAUCAAUUCCAGGGGGGAGAAACAGCGCAUGCACCUCCGGGACUCCUUCCUGGCUGAUCAACUGGACCCCAUCUAUGUGGCCUAUAAUAUGUGAAGGGCCAGGGGGCGGGCUGGUUAUUGUAUGAUGGAAGAGAUUCCGGCUGGUGGAAGAAAGUGGUUUGUACCAACCUACUCCACAGACAGACAAUGCAUAUUGUACCAGAAGGUGCAGUAGGAGGUUGGCUGAACUUGACUGUACUGACCCUUGGGGAAACCACAGCUAUUUUUGGGGUGCACGAUGUUCAGAUCUUAGGUCUUUUGCAUUUCAGGUCUGUUGGAUUUGAAGGGGGCACUCUUGUGUUUUGAGACGUACACUGUGUUAAAAAAAAAAAAAUGCCACCCGGACAGAGUGAGUGUGUCUACACCAAACACAGCUGUUCAACUGGAACUGGACGGGAAGAUAACUCUAAUCUCGCCACACCCCCUACAACCCUCCUGCCAAAUCAAACACCUCAACAGCCUGACUGGCCCUCUAUUUGCACAGAGUGUCAAGGAGUAUUAAGGUGCUGAAGUCAAACUUAACUCUCCCCACUCCUCCACAAUCCAAUCAUCUGUGGGGUAUUGUGAGGGGCCAAUGAAUGGGGAGUUCCUGUUUCUGGUGACAUCAUUUUCUGUGGUUGAGUGAUGUGUACAAAAUGCAUCCAUUAUAACUGUUUCUCCUCCCAAAGCUUUCCAGGUCUUACCCAGUCCUUGUUUUCUUUUUCUUAUCUUUGACUUAUUCUAAAUUGCCAUAUUUGUACUGUAUUCACCACACAUUCACAGAAACUCACACCGGUGCUUGCUUCACCCUGUAAUUACCUCUUAUCCGUGCACUUUGAGGCAGGGGGUUAUGAAGGAUGUGUGAAGGCAUGUUAGAACACUAAUGAACAUAUUAGCUAGACCAAUCAUCAGCUGUUGAUUUAAUUUAUCCUGUCAUCAUGUACUGUACUUACAUCACAGGUUUAUUGCUUGAAGUUAUACAAAGGCAAAAUAUGAAAUGGAACACAUUCUCACCUUUCUUGAAUUAGGUUUACUUCCUGCCUUAUAAAACUUUGCCCAUACAAUUUUUGUUUUUCUCCAUUGCUGUUCUUCCAGUUCAUAACUGUUUGUGUUAUUGGGGUGAAAAUCCUGAUUGAUAUCCAAAGGGAUGUUUUGAGUAGAAGCUAGAGGCCAUUUACUGUACUGUACCCAUCAAGACCUCUAGUUUCGAUAUACUGUAUAGAUAUAUAUAUUUUUUUUAAAUGUGUGCAUAAAUGUGAGAGAAAAAAACUAAACUCAUCCCUAUCACGUGAUGGUUGUCUGGAGAGCUAACAUAGUUGUGAGCAGAUGGUAGCGAAAGAAUAUUGUACAUAAGAAUUUAACACUAAUCUUGCACUUUCUCCAAAAAUGUUAUAUUUUUUCAUGAUCCAAUUAUGCACAUUCCUCGUGUUCAAGGAGCAUAUUAAUUGUGAGGAAUACUUUUUGAGGAAUCAGAGUUCUCUAGGGAUUAGCAGAAAGGAACUAGCUAAUAAGGUCAGGAGUUUCCCCAGGUCAGGUCCCAUCAGGUCAGGUCCCAGGACCAUGAAAACAACACCACCAUGAAUAAGGUUGUCAGGGAUUUGUACGGUCAGGGAUAACUACUGCCCCCAACCAGAGAUUGCUUUGAUGUUAUGAGCUUGGGGAGAAUGAUUAAACCAAUAUAAAUUGCUGUUGUUUUGUGUAAAAAUAAAAUAAGCUCUAACUUUUUUUCUAUGAACCACUGAUAAAUGGGAUUAGAUGCAGGGCACUUUUCAGUGACUGUCCUAGGCUGAGUGAUUUAAGAAUGUGAGCGAGAGAAUAUGGCAAUGCAACAUUUUGCAUACGAAAAUGUCGCCAAUUAGCAUAAUAGGACUGUAAUAUUUAAUGUAAUCAAACAUUGGCCACUGUCAUAGUGGCCAGGUUUGAAAAUGGAGUCCUAUUCAACUUUAAAUCACUAGAACCUGUUUUUCCCCCUGUAAACUUAAAUUUCUUUUGCAAACGUCAAUAUUUUAUUAGCAAGUACAGAUAGGCACAGUCCUGUGGAUGAAAAAGGAGGACAACAGCCACGAGUUUAGCUUUUGUUAUGUUCUUCUCCUCCCCACACACAAUUUGUAGCACUCUGGGAAAAGGUUUCUCAUUUACUCUAAUCUUUAGAAGUUUUCACAUUUAUUACUAUAUUUUAGGCUCCUUUCCGUUAUGUGCUCCUCAAAAAAAGUGUUUUCUUCUUGCAGUGGUAUAGGAGUCCAUGGUGAACUAUUAAUUUUCAUUGUCUAACAUGUAAAUAGUAUAUUUUUUUAUAUAUAUAUAUAUACACUACAGUUCAAAAGUUUUUGGUCUCUUAGCAAUGUCCUUGCUUUUGAAAGAAAAGCACAUUUUUUGUCCAUUUAAAAUAACAUCAAAUUGAUCAGAAAUACAGUGUAGACAUUGUUAAUGUUGUAAAUGACUAUUGUAGCUGGAAACGGCAGGUUUUUAAUGGAAUAUCUACAUAGGCGUACAUAGGUCCAUUAUCAGCAACCAUCACUUCUGUGUUCCAAUGGCACGUUGUGUAGGCUAAUCCCAAGUUUUUCAUUUUAAAAGGCUGAUUGAUCAUCAGAAAACCCUUUUGCAAUUAUGUUAGCACAGCUGAAAACUGUUGUUCUGAUUAAAGAAGCAAUAAAACUCUCCUUCUUUAGACUAGUUGAGUAUCUGGAGCAUCAGCAUUUGUGGGUUCGAUUACAGGCUCAAAAUGGCCUGAAUCUCAUCAGUCUAUUCUUGUUCUGAGAAAUGAAGGCUAUUCCAUGCGAGAAAUUGCCAAGAAACUGAAUAUCUCGUACAAUGCUGUGUACUACUCCCUUCACAGCACAGUGCAAACUAGCUCUAACCAGAAUAGAAAGAGGAGUGGGAGGCCCUGGUGCACAACUGAGCAAGAGGACAAGUACAUUAGAGUGUCUAGUCGUCAACUGGCAGCUUCCUUAAAUAGUACCCGCAAAACACCAGUCUCAACGUCAACAUUGAAGAGGCGACUCCGGGAUGCUGGCCUUCUAGGCAGAGUUGCAAAGAAAAAGCCAUAUCUCAGACUGGCAAAUAAAAAUAGAGGAUUAAGAUGGGCAAAAGAACACAGACACUGGAAAGAGGAGGAUUGGGGAAAAAGUGUUAUGGACAGACUAAUCUAAGUUUGAGGUGUUCGGAUCACAAAGAAGAACAUUUGUGAGAUGCAGAAAAAAUGAAAAGAUGCUGGACGAUGGCUUGACGCCAUCUGUCAAGCAUGGUGGAGACAAUGUGAUAGUCUGGGGGUGCUUUGUUGGUGGUAAAGUGGGAGAUUUGUACAGGGUAAAAAGGAUCUUGAAGAAUGAAGGCUAUCAGUCCAUUUUGCAACGCCAUGCCAUACCCUGUGAACGGCGCUUAAUUGGAGCCAAUUUCCUCCUACAACAGGACAAUGACCCAAAGCACAGCUCCAAACUAUGCAAGAACUAUUUAGGGAAGAAGCAGUCAGCUGGUAUUCUGUCAAUAAUGGAGUGACCAGCACAGUCACCGGAUCUCAACCCUAUUGAGUUGUUUUUCGAGCAGCUUGACCGUAUGGUACGUAAAAAGUGCCCAUCAAGCCAAUCCAACUUGUGGGAGGUGCUUCAGGAAGCAUGGAGUGAAAUCUCUUCAGAUUACCUAAAAAAUAUUGACAAUUAGAAUGCCAAAGGUCUGCUAGGCUGUAAUUGCUGCAAAUGGAGGAUUCUUUGAGGAAAGCAAAGUUUGAAGGACACAAUUAUUAUUUAAAUUAAAAAUCAAUAUUUAUCAUCUUGACUAUAUUUCCUAUUCAUUUUGCAACUAAUUUCAUGUAUGUUUUCAAUGAAAACAAGGACAUUUCUAAGUGACCCCAAACUUUUGAACGGUAUUGUAUAUAUCUUAAAUAUGUGAGAAGUGUGAAUGGGGUUGGUCUAUAUUUAACAUUCAGUCAUGUUUAACAACACUGCUUAAAAGCUUGAAAAGAAGAUGCAUUUUAUUUUGUCAUAAUGUAUGAAUAAGAACACUGUGAAGAUUGAACUAAUUGCAGUACUGCACUGUACCAGAGAUGUGUGAGUUAAACAAUUGUCACCCUUGUGCUGUUCAAUUACAAUGUUUAGAGAGAUGAGAUGGUUGCCAUAUGAUUUGAACCUAUCCGUGCAGAAAAACAAAAGCAGUGACAAGUUAUAGUGCCAUAUCCUGCCUUUAAAUGUAUGUUAAAAGUUCACCGUUGAAUGUCUGCAUGACUCAGAAACCAAGCAACGUUAGGCAUCAGAUUCAAGCAAAGUUAGGCAUCAGAUUCAAGCAACGUUAGGCAUCAGAUUCAAGCAAAGUUAGCAUCAGAUUUUUGGUUUUGGGAGACAUUUCAAAGAACAAUAGGGAAGGAAGGACUAGGUGGUCCCCUGGUGCAGUCUGUGAAUAAUACUUCCCAUGUUUCGGAUAUUUGUCCCAGGACUUGCAUGUCAUUACUGCUAAGACUGCAAACAUUAAGAAGAGUAAAAGGGGGGUUACUCAGUGCUGCAAUCCAUCUAUGACAGGGAGGUCAAUAAGGGCUUCCUCUUCUCUCUGCUCCUGCUCUCUCCAAAAUAGUUUUUAACACUAUGCAAUCAAUGGCCGUGCAGUUUAACCCCAAUUCUUACACAGGCUGGGGGAAAUGUAUUUUGUAAUAAAUAUACAAAGAACGAGGUCUUAAGUUUGCCCAGUGGUAUUGUACUUAUAGCACUGCACACAUCUCUUUAUCUGAGUUAAAUCAAUAUUUUGUGUAUGCACUCCUGGUAUGCUGUGUAUAUACAUUAUUUGGUUAAUAAUAAUAAUAGAAAAAAUGUCAAUUAAUUAAAAACAAGUAUGUGAUGUGGAUGAUCCAAUCAUGAUGUAGUUGUAGUCUGGGGUAAUUUAGCUCAUAUGAUAUAUUUUAGAAAUAAAGACUUGCUGAUAUUG